CGACAGUUGAAGUUGAUCAGUCACGAUGCACGGAGCCUACAAAGUUGCCAGAAUAUCACCUCCUUCGCGCUCAAGUCAUGGACGACCCCAACGUCUCAAAAGACAUCACGAAUCCCUUGCAAGACGUCCCAACCCCAUCGCCGAGACUGAAACUAGUCUAUGCAGAAUCCCUUCAUACUUCACACGUUUACAUUCUCAGUGGCAAGUAAUGUGGCAUGGCCUCCACGAUCGUCUUACCACGGACCUCGUCUCAAUCUGAUGAGAUACGACUCCUCACCGUCAUCUAGACAAGAGCAGACGAGUUCGAGCUCCA